UUGUCUUUUUAGUCCACCUUUUCACUCAAGAAGUCUCCUCAGAUCAAUCUAAAACCUCCACAGAAAUCAGACAUACUGUUUUCAUGUUUAAGACUGGAAAUAGGACAAGGAAUGGGCUUCCUCUUCUAUUUCACUUUGGUUUUUCUUUCAUUUGCAUCUUUAUCAGCCCUUCAAACUCAAACUCAAGAAAUAAAAUCGGCCCGCCUUCUCGAUCUUGUCAUUAGAGAUUACACUUUCAAAUCAUACAACAAACACUUUAGGACAGGUAAACUGCACCAGAUCAAGUUACCAGCAAAUCUCUCGGGCAUAACAGUCAAUUCAGUGCGAUUUCGCUGUGGUAGUCUUCAAAGGUAUGGAGCCAAAAUUAAGGAAUUCCAUCUGGGAAUAGGUGUAACUGUUCAUCCUUGCAUUGAAAGAGUGUUGAUAAUUAGACAAAAUCUUGGAUCUAACUGGUCAUCUAUAUACUAUGAUAAUUAUGAGUUAUCAGGUUAUCGACUUAUUUCGCCUGUUUUAGGCCUAUUAGCAUAUAACAUUGGCGACGGUAUAAAAUUUAGUACUCCAUCUGAGCUCGGGAUUCAGGCCGGGAAACAACCGAUCACUGUAGAUUUCAGCAAUACGACAAGGCUCAAUAUCACAUCAGGUGUCAUACCUUUAUGCGUAAGUUUUGAUCAUGAUGGAAAAGUGACUCUAACUAAUCAAGCGUCACCUAAUAUCUGUAUUGCAACAAGGCAUGGCCAUUUUGGAUUGGUUGUAGAAUCACCAUUAAUACCAAUGAAAAAGAAAACUUUAAGCAAAUGGAAGAUAACGAUUGGAAGCACGAUUGGGGCUGCAUUAGGCGCGUUUCUCCUGAGUUUGUUGCUGAUUGCGAUGUUUGUUAAUGCGAAGAAGAAGGCAAGAAUGGACGAACUUGAAAGGAGGGCGUACGAAGAGGAAGCUCUACAAGUUUCAAUGGUUGGGCAUGUAAGUACUCGUACUGCAUCUAGUACUCGGACAUUGCCAAGAAUUGAACAUGACGAUGAGUAUACAUAGAUCUCUUGCUUCUUGAAUUAUCAGUUUUCUAAUACUUAUCAUUCUUUGUGUAUUAUUAACUAGUCCAGGUAUAGGUUUUAGAUUUCUUCAGUCACUUCUUAGAAUACAAAAUUGUUUCAAAGUAGUUGCACAGUUUUGCUGAUCUGACCAAUUUUUGUUGAAUGAUUAAGACAGAUUGAGAUUGAGUA